CUCUCAAACUGGAUUAUUUCCGCAGUGUGGUUCGGAUUUAGAUUGCGUUUCAUUCCCCCUUCUAUUAUGCAAAUGGAACGUUCCAAGACGGACUCCGUCAAGUGACGUCACUUCCGGUGCGAGCGCCGCAUUUCCGGCGUGAACCAGAAAUCCCCUUAGCGUUGAGCCAGUGCGGCUAAAAGCGGUCUCUAAGAUGGGCUCCGUCGUCGGUGACGUCACUUCCUGUGCCGGCGCCGCAUUUUCGUCGGAAGCCAAAAGCAAGAAAGUGGAGCGUGCGUAAAGGUAUUUUGACAUCCAUGGAGCCUCCAGGGGCUGAAGCCUAGUUCAGGAACUGAGGAAUGGCAACAAGCUGUCCCAAUGCUUCUCUCCAGCCUGGCUAUAGGGAACAAACUGGAUUUCAAGCUGUGUGAUCAAACUCCAUCGUUGAACCCUCCACCAGACCUCCCUUUUGCUGCCACUUUGUUCCUGCCCCUCCCUGCCAUCGUUUUCUUGGUUGUUGGCUCCUACCUGCUACUCCUUGCCCUGGUUCUGGUCCUCCGUCAGUGUCUUCUGGUAACUCGGGGAUUGGAUGGAGACAGUUUAAAAGAGCAAAAAGCCAGAGGUCUUUGUGCCAAUUGCUGUUCUUGUGAAAAGAGGACUUGGCCAAACAUGUGUGAAUGUUGUAUGGCUUGUGCAGAGUCAUGUGACUGUGUGCUGCCCUCUCCAGCCCGCUGUCUGGAUCGUUGCUGUUCCUGCACAAAUGGCUGGGAGCCAGGGACAUGCUCCUUUCCUCGCUUGUGUCCUCUCUGUGACUGUGCCUGCACCUACCAGCCCCCGGACUGUCAGAACAUCAACUGCAUUUGUUUUGAGAUCAAAUUGCGUUAAGAGACUCCAAGCCUUAAAAAAAAAAAAAAGAUAGGGAAAUAUGACUCUUCCUCAGAGCUGUAGGUUGCCAUGAGGAUCUCUUCAUAUAAAUGGUGGACAUGUAGAAUGGGCAUUGGCUCAGGCUGGCAAAAUCAAGUAUCCCAAUGCAAGGGAGACUUCUUUUUUCUGUUGAUUUUUUACUGCUGUCAUUUUUAUAAUGUGUGUUUGAUAUUAUUGUUUUUAUAAGAAUUGCUGCAUUUUAUAAUAAAGCAAAUUACACAG